AAUAAAAAUAUGUUUGUUUCCCCUCGCCCCGACCGGGUCAAAAAAAAGGGCCCGGGUCAAAAGUUUUUUUGCCAAAAAAUUGCGAUGUUUUUUUUUUUAUUUCCGUAAAAAAAUCGUGUCCGCUCCGUGUCGGUUCUAGACGUUACUUCUGCUUUUUUCGGAAGUUACCGGGAUUUAUCGAUACUUGAAAAAAUGGGUUACAGAAUAGCGUUGUCGUCUACUGUAAAGAUAAAAUACAAACACACAUCUAAAGUUGUGCCCAUAAUAGUCAACAGACUCUACAGUUUCUCCAAACACUGUACAUGGAAUGAGGUUUUGAAUGAUUUGACAGCGGACGGCGACCAUAACAUAGACAAGUUGGACGAAGUAACUGUCACCGUGUCGGACAAACUUGCCAACGGUGUAACUUUUGAGCCAGAUUUUGAAGAACAGAUACAAGUGGUUCACAACUUUGAUAAAAAAUUGAAAUAUGUACAAUUUGACGUGAUAAGAGACUUAGAACCAAAUAACAAUGUACCAAAAGGUCAAAAUCCUCCUACAUGUCCUACAGCUUUCGAUGUUUUGAUGAGAAAGUCCAGCACACUGACAAAGCUCCCUCAAAAGAUUGAUGAAACCUCUCCCAGAUUUACAGCUAAACAAAAACUGUACAACGGGAUAGUGAACAUGUUUGUGGAAUUUGAAGACAAGUUUCCAGUUGUAAUGACGGACAAAGCCAUUAGUGACCAAGUGAUCAUGCCAUUGACCAAUGCUGUGUGGUACUUAAGUGGAAAUAUGACAAGAAUAAAUGUUUUUUGUUUAUUUUCAUUUAUUUCUUUAAAUAAUGUUUUUUAAAGAAAUGUCGGAGUAAAGAAAACAGAAAUUACACAUCCAGAGCAUUCAUAUUAGCAUACAGAUUCAACGCCAGCAAGCCAUUCCAGGAUUUUAAUACAUAAAACAUUGAAGCUCAACCAAUCCUCAACAUAGUAGUAUAAAUGUUCUCUUCUCCAGAUGUUAAGCAUUGAAGACAAUCAGUGCCCUGUUUGACAGAUCUGCUUUUUUUCCGACAAUACAUAUAAAAUUAUAUGAAUUUAAAAAAAAAAAAUAUCACCUGCCUGCCUGGUCAGUUUCAAAAACUAGACCCGGGGGAGGGGAAACAAACAUUCUUUUAAUUGU